UUGCCCCGAUGCAUAAGUGUCUACUAUCGCCAAAUAUAUUAUAUAUAUUGUAAUAUUACAGUGUGAAAAUACAUUGACAUCCAUUUUCUUUGUAUAAUAAGAAAGAUAUUACCUCGCUAAAUCUUUAAUAUGGCUGCGCGGCAGCUUCUAUCCACUAUUCAGAAAACAAAAGUAUUUUGUUAUGGCUUAAAUGAAAUUUCUAAGCUCCGUUCGAUGAAGCAUCAUGAUCAUGUUUCUUCAAGAUAUUUUUCAUCCAAACGUAGAUCACAGACGGAAAUUUUGAAGUCGGCUUUGAACAAUUAUGACGAUUUACAACUGGCACCUCUUCAAAUCAAAAACUGUAACAUUGGGGUAAGCUUUUCAGAGGCUCGCCUCGAACAUGAAUUGUAUAGCUGUACAGGAAAUGAUAUUGUUUUAUGUGAGAGUUUUUCUAAUGUAUUUAAAGAAGGCUUCAAUGCAUUACAUCAAUCCAUUGAUAAGGUUGGUGUUGGAUUCUUCGAUUCACCCACUGUAGACAAUAUUGGGACUGAAGACUACAUGUACUACCAAGCACUCUCAGCACUCCGACAGUUUUUGAGUGAGAUUGAUUAUCACGAAAAGUGUUUGAAGCAAAAGGAGCCAUUUGGAGAUGCAUUUGACAAACAAAAUGAAGCUUAUGUGGCAACCCUCCUGACAAACCACUUGCUGUCUCGACUAGUGUAUGGUAACAGAUACCUUAUAAGCAAUAAAUUCUCAGUACAACCUCCAAAAUGUCCGUGUUUAAAGCCGUUGGAAUGUUCUUCCCUAAUAAACUGUGGACAAACAGGCUUAGGCUGUGAAGACAUUUGGUAUGGACAUCCUGACAUAGUUUUGGUACCACCAAAUUUUUCAAAUAUACCACUCUGGUUUUUUGAAGAUGAUAUUGAAGCUCAGAUGCAAGAUGAUGAUGAUUUGUCAACAAAAGACCUAUUGCAGGAGAAUGACGGAUCAAUAGAUAUUAGUGAAUUAAAACUCAAGAUGGUACUUGAAAAAUGUGCUGAGCAAAUAUUAAGCCAAGCUAUUACAUUUUCAUUUUAUGAAGCAAACAGAGAUUCACCAGGAGGGAGAGAACGCCAUACAUUAAUUCCCUCACUAGUGUUAACACCUCAUCAUUACCUUGUGGUUAUGUAUGAUUAUGAAAAUGAUAUUUUAUUAAGCAGUGAUCAUCAGAUAUCUCCUUUAUGGGAUGAAACUGGUCUAAAAUUCAACUUAUCAGCUAUUUUACAAAUUUGGAUGGUUCUGAAUCAUAGCUAUUUAAAGCCAAAACUCAGUUCUGUUUUUCAAAAAGAUUUUGCCUUUACUUGUGAGAUUCACAGAAUUUUUAAGGAGUUACAAGUGUUUGAUAAAACAAAGCAAAUUACUUACAGGCCAUCGUUUAGACAAGAAAAUAAACAUGUUAAAGAUAAAAAGCCGUUUAUGCUUUACUCUGACUAUAAAAAAAGUUUCAACAGAUGUCAUGCUUGAAAGUAGUGAGGCGAAAUUUGAGAUUAUUACAGAUGUAGAAUUUUCUUGUUUAUGUACAUAACAUUGCAGUUGUUGAAAAAAAGUGUUAAAAAGACUAAAAAAUGUACAUAACCAGGAGAACAUGUUUUUUUUUACACAGUAGUAAAAAAAUAGAAUAUGUAACAAAUUUUGUCCAUCUUUUAAAAAGCUAUUUCUACAUGUUCUUUCAUUUUUAUACAUUAUCAGUUGUCAACCAUAUUAAAAUUUAAUUUAUAUUUAAUUUAAGAGAAUGUUUGAAAUAUUGUUUUGAUAUCUAAUUAAUGUUAUGACACAAUUUCAUUAUUUUUUUAAUGACAAUGCCGAUCUAUUCAAAAUAAAUAUUGCAUUGAC